AUGUCAAGGCGCAGUCAAAACAGCUACGCGCAUGAGAAGCGAUUAUCCAAGUAUCGGGUCACGGAUGAUGAGCUAUUCAAAUUCUUGAGUUAUCUUUUGAUCCCCAAGACAACCGAAACAACCAGCAAUGUGACUCCUGAAUCCAAGGAGCGCGAACACAUAUCAAGACUUUCUGCAUUAUCCAACUUUUCCAUAGGCGAUAUAUUCAAGGACACCCGGGAUGGGCCAAAGAGUGUCAAGUUUCCAGAGAAGCUGUUAAAAGUGUUGGAGCAGAAACUGCAGGACAUUGCAAUGGGGAAGGACGCUGGCUAUUCUGACCAGCUCGUACGGAGAACAAUGGCCAAGUUCUACGGAAUGUUCAUGGUCGACAGCUUCAAGCGUCAAAUGAAGGAAAACCGCAAAAUCGAGGAGCUUAUCCUCAUGUUCGCCACGCAUGCUACCGGAAUUCUCAAGAAGGAGCCAACCCUUGCUGGCGAAGGCUGGAAGCUGGAACUAAACAAUCAAAUCGCCCUUUUCAUCAAAUUGCUCCGGGAGUGCCUCAGAAAUCUGAGUCAUGUAACACCAGAGUUGCUCUCACGACUGGAUAUGUAUACUGCCAAGCUCGCCCCGGCUCAGUCGGCGAACGACUCUGGAUACGAUUCGUCGUCGACCUCUCGGGAUCGUGAUUCAACAUCAUCGCUGUCGGUCAGUAGCAAUAUAGCAGACAUGGAGUUAGUCCUCGUUGUUGCCGGCCUCUUUAAAGUAUCGGAGUCUGCAGUACAGCAGGAGAUUGAUCAGAUAAAGAGCAUAUGUACCGAUAAAGCUGCCCUUACGGACCUCAAGACAUGUCUCAAGAACAUCAAUGCCGGAGUCCCUUUUCCUGGUCGAAGAGAGGAUUUCGACACAGAUGCCGCCUGGCAGCAUUGGAAGACGUUGGAGACCACCCACCUACAGCAGAUGAUGGUAGCCAUGGUCCAAUACAACCCAGAGCUUGCAAAGUCAACCCCGUCAGACGUUUCACCGCCCACAAGGCGACCUGGAUCUGUAUAUGCACCCCUGGAUACCCCUUCUGCUGCAUCUCGGACACCUUCGAUAAGCAGCCGACGCUCUUUAUAUGGCGCGCUCAACAAUGGAGACUUCAAUGGAGAAGCAACCGACAUAGACGACGAUGAUAUCCAGGUUGGCCACCACUUUACGUAUAUUCCUCCCAAUCCGAAGCGCUUUUACAAGAGGCUGCUGGAGAUCUGCCUAAUAGCAGAUCUGGAGGUUAUGCUCAGUCCUGAGGUGGACGAUAACGAUGAAGUCUCUCUAGGCAUCCUUUCUGCACUGCAUAUCGAUCUUUUGAACGAAUGUGCAGUCCGGUGGCGGAUUGGACAUUCUUAUCGAGCAGCGUGUUUCCUUGAUUUGGUCCGGCAGUUCUACGAGCGCGGCGAUGUUCCGUUAGAGUGUAUACCGGAAGGUCUGCAGAACAUUGCAAAAGCUAUAAGUGAUUUGGACCUGGAAAAAUGGCCCACGCAGGACACCGAAUAUCUAUCGAGUGUCUAUGGGAACCUGUUCAACAUUUUCUUGUCAUCACUGUACCAUGCCAUGGACGAUCUAGUGAAGCUCAAGCCAUCGGACAUAGAGCCAUAUCUGUCCGUGCUAGAACACGUCCGAGAUAGCGGAUUGCUCGAACGGUUUGAUGUGGAUAUCAACGCACGGUUGUCUGACGUUCAGGAUCGGAUACGACAAGUGGCUGGUGAGUUCUACGAAGCGAAGAUGCACGAGUUGACUUCUGCGCCCGGGGUCAACCGUGCACUUCCAUUGUUAUUGAUGACAGAUGAGAUUGAGAAGUCGGCUAAGCUUUUGGAUAAACGAUUUCCUGAGCCUAUAUUAGGGCAACUCGAUUUGGUAUCGUUGAUGGUUGAAGUACAAAUACCGCAUUUCAUCGCAGACUUGAACAAUUCUCAGAAGCGACUGUUCGAGUCGUCAAUGAAUGGGCCGACGCCGGACGUUCCGAUACAAGACAUCUUUGCAUUGUAUCGGCGGACAAAGACGCUUCUAGGAAUGUUUGCUGCGUUCUGUCCAUCGGGUCAUAUAGAGUUCGACAUGAACACAUUCUUUGAGCCCUAUGUGCGGCAGUGGCUCUUGAAUACCGAUAGCAAAACUGGGAAUUGGGUUGAAGCGGCAAUCGCUGCGGAUAAGUUCGAAGCUGAAGAUGCAGAAGGACAUAGUUCUUCGAUCGUCGACCUGUUUGAUUCCCUACGAAGCCCGAUAAACUUCCUACAAGAUUUGGAGUGGGAAAAUGAAUAUCAGGGUGCGCGGUUCUUUACGGCACUAUCCAAGACUGUUUCGAAAGCCGUUGAACAGUACUGCCGAAGCGUGGAGGGUCUCUUUUUGGCAGAGAUGUUCCCACGCCCUACUGACUACCUGCAACCUCAAAAAUCUUCAGCUUGGCUGGAGAAGGCGCGACAGCUUGCCAUCACAGGAGAGAAGAAGGUUGAGCCUUUCAACUUCCUACCGCAAUCGUGUGUCAAGUUGAACAACGUCGAGGCUGCCCGGCGAUUGUUGGACAAUAUGUACAACCAGAUGGAGGCGGAUAAGCUUGCUGAGGUUAUCACGAACAGUGCUCCCCCGGUGCCUGAAAAGGUGGAACGGGAACGAUUUUUGUUUACGAUCAAGGUUGUGAUUGCGGAGGGUCUUGUUCCGGUGGAUUCGAGCCCUACGUCAAAGCUUGAUACUUUCAUUACGCUGAGUGACGAGGCUGGCAAUCGGCUAGCGAAGACACGGACGAUUUAUGAGACGACGAAUCCGCGUUGGGACGAGACGUUUGAUAUAUCUGUGGACAAGCCUUUGUGGCUGAUGGUUAGUGUGCGGGAUCGUGCGUUGGUGGGGAAGCAUGACACUGUUGGACGAGCGUAUUUGUGUCUCGAUCCCCGGCGGUUCGGAGACUUUUUGGCGCACGACCUUUGGAUGGACUUGGAUAGUCAAGGACGAGUACUCGUCCGAGUUAGCAUGGAGGGCGAGAAGGACGAUAUACAGUUUUACUUUGGGCGUGCAUUCCGUUCUUUAAAACGGGCUGAGGCGGAUAUGCUUCGCAUCUUCAUCGAUAAGAUGUCACCAUUCAUCCGACAAUGUCUUUCACGGAGCGUGGUGAAGACGCUGAUCAAAGGUGGUAACCUUGGCUUGGAUUACAACCGUGCUCUGGGUAAUGUCACGGCGCUGUACCGGUCAGCGAUUGGGACCGCUGGGAGCGAUGUGCAGAUACCUCUGCCUCAAGCUGAGAAGCCCCGAGUGAGACCGGAGGAACUGACGGAUGUGGAGAUUGAACAGGCUAUAUUGCCUCUGUUCGACUACUUUGAUGCGAAUCUGCAGACGCUCAAUACGUAUCUGAGUGAUACGGCGAAGGAGAAGGUCAUGACGCGUGUUUGGAAGGAGAUCCUGAAUGUCAUCGAGGGCCUGCUCAUUCCGCCGCUAUCUGACGUGUCAAGCGACAUGAAGCCUCUUAGCGAUAAGGAGGUUGAUAUUGUCUUCAAGUGGCUGAAGUUCCUGCGCGAUUACUUUUAUGCUGGAGGUGAAGGACCUGUUCCAUUGGAGGUACUUCAAAACCAAAAGUACCGAGAUGUCGUUUCCGUACGGUUAUACUAUGAUUGGCAUACGGACGCGUUGAUGGAGGAAUGUGUACGGAUGAUGCAACAGAGCCUGAGCUCGAGUCCUACGAUGAAAAGACGAGCGAAGAGUGUUUAUUCUCAAAGAAAUCUUGGGACGAUAAAAGAACGGAAGAAGGAAAAGCGGCAAGAGAAGGAGGUGUCGAGUGGGGAGACGAUUAUGCAGAUCUUACGAAUGAGACCGGGUACUUCAGAGUUUAUCGCCCAGCAGCUCCAGAUCAUGUCACAGAUGCAAGCCGAACAAGAGCAACGGGCCAAGGAGAUGGAGCAGCGGAGGUUGAAGAGGCCUUCGCAACGACAUCCUCCUGUGCCACCGUUACCGUCAUGA